AUGGCUACGGACCUGGACGUCACGAGAACCGGACCAGCCUUCAACUUUUCUCAUGACGUACAAGCUUGGAGAGAAUUAAUAGCAUUGGACGAUCCCAGCCAUCAGAAUGCAAAUAUGCCUUUCAAGAUCGCGUAUCACCGCGCUUUGAGCGGCGGAAGUGCCAAAAGAGAGCGGAAUAUCCGAAACUGGUGGCGUGCCCUGGUUGAAAUUCACUCCAACUUGGGUUUGACAAAGGAUUCUGAUAGAAUACCUGCGCUCAUCGGACUUGGUAAUCAGGUAUCGAGGAUCUGUGGUAAGCCGGAACCACGAUUUGGGCAUUUUCUAGACGGUCUUCCAUGGGAUUUGGGAUGGUACGUCGCCCCUGCAGACAAGCAAAGACAAAGUCCUCUGGAUUCUGUACCAUCUUGGUCUUGGGCACACAGCAUAAAUCCGGUUAAGAUGCCACGGGAAGCUGCCGACGGUAUAAAGGUACACCCGGUAUUGUUGCUUGAGCCAUCACAACUCCUCCCGACCACACUGAGACUUCCAUGCUCCGUCUUCAAAGGCUUCAGCGACAAAUUCAACGACCCCAACUUCCCCUUGACUGGAAGGUACUUUGCGGACAACGCCUCGUCCAGUGCAGUCACGGAACAGGAGCCAAACUAUAUCCUGCUGGCGUCAGUGGAAGAAGACCACACAUGGCUUUUCAUCCACGUCAAACCUGUCGACCCGGGAAAAACGCAAUUUUACCGUCUAGGGCAUUUGGAGGUAAUGGCACGAGAAGGAGGUUCAUCUAACAGAGUCCAAAUACCUGAUGCCGAAACUCUGAUGCGCGCUUGUUUCAUUUCGAUUGAAACCAUGGAGAUUGAUUUAGUCUGA